UGAUUGUGAGUCUUAUCAAAGUUUGAUCACCGAUCAGUGUUCGUGAUUCAGCCAUUGGUAUCGGGUCAUCUUCGUGAGGAGGACUUUUGGUGACAUACGAAAGAAUCUCAGCAUACUAAGAAAACGCAAACGAGGAUUACCAAUAUUUUCUCGACGAAGCAUCUGAUCCAAACGCGAAAUAUAACUGAACAUAUUUAAAUUUGCGCACGACCGAAGAUGGGAAUGGAAAACGAUGUAUGGUACAAAACCGUCGAGGAUCUUUUAUCAAAGGCCGACGUCAAAAUCAACGGCUCCCGCCCUUGGGACAUCCGCGUAAAGAACCCCGGCUUCUUCAAACGUGUCUUGAGCGAGGGCUCCUUGGGUCUUGGCGAGAGCUACAUGGAUGGCUGGUGGGAGUGUGAGAGACUGGACGAAUUCUUCUACCGAGUCCUGAAGUACCGCGUUCAAGACCACGUCCCUGAACGGUGGUCUGACGUCUUCCGUCUCUUGGUGGCAAAGCUCUUCAACUUGCAGUCUGUGAGCCGCGCUUUUAAGGCGUCCGACGUGCACUACAACUUGGGUAACGACCUUUUCAGCCGAAUGCUAGACUCGAACAUGAUUUAUUCUUGCGGAUAUUGGGAGGAAGCAACCACGCUGGAAGAAGCGCAGGUGAACAAACUACGGAUGAUCUGCGAGAAACUUCGGCUUGAGCCAGGGAUGCGGCUCCUGGACAUCGGCUGCGGCUGGGGCGGCCUCGCGGAGUACGCCGCCCGUAACUACGGCGUCAGCGUCGUCGCGAUCAACAUCGCCAGCGAGCAGGUGCGGCUCGCCAGAAAGCGCUGCGAAGGCCUGGACGUCGAGGUCCUCCUCAAAGACUACCGGGACCUGGACCCGAACGAGCGCUUCGACCGGAUCGUCGCCGUGGAGAUGUUCGAACACGUCGGUCCGAAGAACUACGGCCACUUCUUCUCCAUCGUGGACCGGCACCUGGCCCCUGACGGACUCCUCUUGCUGCAGGUGAUCGGGUCCAACGGAGCCACCACGAAGGCCGACGCUUGGACCGUCAAGUACAUUUUCCCGAACGCGUAUUUGCCGUCCAUGCAGGAGAUCACGGCGGCCAGCGAGGCGUUCUUCGUCAUGGAGGACUGGCACAACUUCGGGGCCGACUAUGACCCGACGCUGAUGGUGUGGCACGAGAGGUUGCUGGCAGCUUGGCCGGAGCUGGCGCAUAGGUACGAAGAGCGCUGCAAACGCAUGUUCGUCUAUUAUCUCAUGUCGUGCGCUGGUUCCUUGCGCGCCCGUAACAUCCAGCUCUGGCAGGUGCUUUUCAGUCGAGGGAGAGAUGGUGGGCUUCGGAGAUCUCUUUCGGUGUCGUGAACGUUGUUGUUUGAAGGUGAUUCGUCAAGCUCAAGUGACGUGGUCGAACUGAUAUGCGAUAUAUCGUAUCGAUUAGGUAAAAAU